UGUGCAUCAGUCUAAUUCCCUUGGAUUGUUAAAUGGGUGCCAACUCCCCAAAUAACUUGCAGUUGUUGUGCACAGCAGUAGAGAUGACAACAGACACCACCGGAGCUGAUCUCACUGAUCCUGACAAUGAGGAAGAAGAGGAAGAAAUACCUGCUGCAGUGGCAGUGGACAAAUGUGGAGCCUGUAAAGGGGCCAGCCGCGUUUGUAAGACCGAGUGUCCAUUCAGGCCGUUCUUUCCGGCUGAUACCGCUGACAUGGCACACCUCAUAUCGAGUUUAUUUCACAAAAAGGGCAUUCUACGCCUAAUGAACGCAUGCAAGACUGCAGAAGAAGUCACAAGCUGCCGAACCAGACUCUUUAACGUUGCAGUUUCUUUGAUCAAUGGCACAGCACGUACGCAUGAGGCGGAAAUUUCCGAGCUUAAAGAACUAGUGAAAACGCAAGCUGCUUCAAUUGGUGUGCAAUCAGAGUCAGUGAGGAAAAUGCUACCCAAUUGACAAAUUGAGAUUAGAAAGUUUAUAGACCUAUAAAUAGAGCCCCUGUGCCUAUCCAAUCACCAAAGGUACAAACAUUUGUUAUAUGAGCAACUAAUCCAGAGAUGGAUUUACUUGUUUUCCAUGCAUACUGGCACAUUUUAACCAUCUUAGUUACCAUAUGGUGUACCAUAUGCUAUCUGGUAUAUAUAUUCUCCACAAUUGUAUUUGCAAGUAAAUAGAGA